UGAAACAAACAUUGUCAUUUUGACUCCCGAAAUGUUCUAACUGGUUCUUAAUAAAUUUAAAAUUCCAAUAUAUUCAUCAUGUCUGAAAAGGAAGGAUGUCGCACCAGAAGAGUUUCGUUUGUUAAUCCAAAUGAUUUCGAUUUAACCGAUUGCUGUCGCAUCUGUAAAUGUCGGGCAACUGCUGAAAAUGGUAUUAAAUUGCGUCCACUAUUCAAUGGCCGUCGACUAACACGUAUUAUUGCCAAUACAGUUCAUAUCGAGAUCAAAGAUAUUCAGGGUCUGCCGCGUUUUUUGUGUGAGAAGUGUUUGAACAUUUUAAAAACGUUUUCAAUUUUUCAAGUGGAUUUUCGACGCUCUGAAGAGGAUUUCAAAAUGACAAUCGAGGCACGUCGCACUUCUCAAAUGGAUGCUUUGAUGGAAUUCUCAUCAGCCAUCGAAAUGGAAAAGCAACGAGAAAACGAUCAGAAGAGCGCGGCUCUUGUUACAAAUUUUCUAAAGAAGACUAAAAAAAACAAAUCUAAGCCGAAACUCCAAAAUUAAGAAUUGAGCAAGUGACGCGCUUUCUUUAUUAUCU